UCUGUUCUUUGUUGUCUGUCGAAUCAGUUCGCUCCCCCUUGAAUAAUGAAUGGUGGGAACUACGUGGCCGAAUUCUUUUUGAUAAACCACGACGUCGAGGAAAAGAUGGGAGCAGCAACGGCUCGCUCCCCCGACCCCGACCCUGCGCCCCUCCACCAGCCCUCACCGGCGGCGGCCACCCCGGCCCCGCCGGCCACCCUCUCAGCGCCUCGCGUACUCCCUCGCCCACGGCCGCGGCCCCCUGCCUGUAGGAUUCGAGCGGAGAAUGGAGGUCAGAGGGAGGUCCAGAUCAACCGCUCGCGCUGCUCCAAGGCUGCGUCGACGACCACUCCGGCUCCGCCGCCCGCCGCCCCCGCCUCCAUUGUCGGCUCCGUCUCCACUGAGCCGCCGGAGCCUCGGGCGUCCCCCAAAGUUGGGCUCCCCCAGCUCGAUCCAGAUCAGGCGGAUCUGGAUUCCGUCUCCCUGUCGCCUCCGGCUGACCGGAGCCCUGCUCCUGCAGAUGUGACGGAGGUUCUGCUUGGGGCCAAGAGUGGCUGCACAGCCGUUGUUGGUGAGAAGGAGGUGGAGUUGGCUCUGCUGUUGCAUCCGGCGGCCACACAUGGCGUCGUCCCCUGUGUGCAGAUCCCGCCUUGCCCCGAUGUUGGGGAUGGGGCCGAAGUUGCUGCCUUGGUUACGCAGUCGUCGCCGGGUGAAGAUGCUGAGUUCGUGCCGUGCACGCUGCUGACCGUCGCCGAAGGCCUCACUUCCGGCGCUGCAAUGAUGGGGGAGCUGGCGCCGCUGGCGACGAAUGCUGCUGUGGAUUGUGUGUCAUCAGCUUCUUGCUUUUCCGUGCCGUCUUCUUGUGAUACAGCGCAGGCCGUGGAUGCUCAGCCUGGGGAAGGUCCUUGGAUUUUCGUAGGACGAAAGGGUCGUCCCCGUGGCGAUGUGCGUUGUGACCAUGCUUCUCAAUCUGCAAAGCUUGUGCAAGCUGCGGCCUUCAGACGGAGAACCUAUGGACGAUGUUUCCGCUGCUUGGCUCCGGACCACAAGGCCGCCUUCUGCCGCGACCCGAUUCGAUGCCUCACAUGUCUCCGCUCUGGGCACCGUGAGAGGGAUUGUUGCCUUCGCCUCUCCUCCGUCAGAGCUCCUCGCCGCUGUGCGCGUGCCUUUCCAGCUCCGCCAUGUCCGUCCUCUGAUAGCCGCUCUUGGGCUUCCGUUGUUGCUCCUGUAGUGCAUGCUGAAGUUCUCGAGUCUGUGAGGUUUUCUGAAGCUUCUAGUGGAGGUAGUUCUGAUCAUGAGGUUGUGGCAAAAUCUUCUGAAUCCUUGCUUGCCUCGAGUGGUUCUGAUCCUCAGGUCAUGAUGGAGCUGGCGCUCCGUCCAUUGCAUAAGCUUGAGGACUCUUUGUGCUUGUGGUUGGCACGUGCAACCAGCUUACUGGAGCGGGCGGAGGCAUCAGUUGGUCUGCAGGGGUCGUUGCCGACGACGCAGGCGGCGCUGGUGGCAAACCACAGGGACCAAGGUACUGAGGCAUUGGCAACACCAUGCAGCCGCUGACCUUGGGGUUAGUUGCUCCGGUGGUGACCACUGAGAUCAGCCUAGCUAGUUCUAUCUCCGAUGAAGUACAGGCUGUUGCAAAAGGCUGCGCUUUCGCGAUUGAUGAAGGUGACACUUUGCAUGACUUAACCGAGCUGAUCAAAUGCCUCAUUGCCAUGCCUGCGAUCACCCAGGGAUUGAUUCGCCUUGUCAAAGCGGAGCAGACCAAACAUGCCAACCAGGUGGUAUGUGCCGCCGUGAGGGUCAACUCUGCAACAUGACUUCUUGCAGAAGAGGGAGAGCGAGAAGUUUGAGAGGGAGGAGGCUGAGAGGCAGAAAGAGGAGGCGAGGCAGAAGAGGGCCAAGGCCAGGGGAAAGAAAAGAAAUCGACGAUGACUGCUUCUUCA